CCCUUUUCUAAUGAGGAAGCAGCGGAUGUCGCCCCAAGCUCAGGCUUACAGCAGAGCGGCAGCCCCUGCAGAGCCGCCCCGGCGUGGACGCCGAGUGUCCUGAGUGGAAGCGGACAGAGCUAUGCCGAGGGCGACCAGCCUAGGCCAGGAGAGUGAAGCCAAAACCCAGCCGGGCUCCUGAAGAACAGCCCAAGUGCAAGUGUGUGGGGAGGGGCUGUGGCCUGCGCUCACUCGGUUCUGGUUUUCCUUUAGGAGUCAUGGUUUCCUCUUCGCACUGCUUCAACGAAGGCACUAGAAAGACCUUGCGCGGUCGCGGAGGCCUGCAUGUCCUGCAUUUGGUGGCCUCUGCCUCAGCUGUGAGAAUUUGACCUUUCUAAAGCCACAAGAGACUUCUGCUGGAUUCAGUACGCUAAAGACAAACCCUGGCUUACACACACUGUUGUGCAGGCACCCGCCGGGUAGAACGUCAUGACAUGAAUACCUUAAGCCUGCCCCUGAACAUCCGCCGAGGAGGGUCGGACACCAACCUCAACUUCGAUGUGCCCGAUGGCGUCCUGGACUUCCACAAGGUGAGACUCACCGCAGACAGCCUGAGACAAAAAAUUUUAAAGGUGACAGAGCAGAUAAAAAUCGAGCAGACCUCCCGAGAUGGGAACGUGGCCGAGUAUCUGAAGCUCGUCAGCAGUGCGGACAAGCAGCAGGCCGGGCGCAUCAAGCAGGUGUUUGAGAAGAAAAACCAGAAGUCCGCGCACUCCAUCCUCCAGCUGCAGAAGAAACUCGAGCAGUAUCACAGGAAGCUGCGGGAGAUCGAGCAGAAUGGAGCCUCCCGGGGCGCCAAGGACAUGGCCAGAGACAACCUGAAGGACAUCCAGCACUCUCUGAAAGAUGCCCAGGUGAAGUCGCGGACUGCCCCCCACGGCCUGGAGAGCAGCAAGUCGGGCAUGCCAGGGGUCUCCCUCACACCUCCCGUGUUUGUUUUCAACAAGUCCAGAGAGUUUGCCAACUUGAUCCGGAAUAAGUUCGGCAGCGCUGACAACAUCGCUCACUUGAAAAACUCCUUAGAGGAGUUCAGACCCGAGGCGAGUGCCAGGCCCUACGGGGGCAGCGCCACCAUUGUGAACAAGCCCAAGUACGGCAGCGAUGACGAGUGUUCGAGCGGCACAUCGGGCUCGGGCGACAGCAACGGGAACCAGUCCUUCGGGGCUGGCGGGACUGGCCCGCUGGGCGGCCAAGGGAAGCUGGCCAUGAUUCUGGAGGAGCUGCGGGAGAUCAAGGACACCCAGGCCCAGCUGGCGGAGGACAUCGAGGCGCUGAAGGUGCAGUUCAAGAGAGAAUAUGGUUUCAUUUCUCAGACCCUGCAGGAGGAGAGAUACAGGUACGAACGCCUGGAGGACCAACUACACGACCUCACAGACCUGCACCAGCACGAGACAGCCAACCUGAAGCAGGAGCUGGCCAGCGCCGAGGAGAAGGUGGCCUACCAGGCCUACGAGCGGUCUCGGGACAUCCAGGAAGCCCUGGAGUCCUGCCAGACGCGCAUCUCCAAGCUAGAGCUCCACCAGCAGGAGCAGCAGACGCUGCAGACGGACACCGUGAACGCCAAGGUGCUACUGGGCAGGUGCAUCAACGUGGUCCUGGCCUUCAUGACCGUCAUCCUGGUGUGCGUGUCCACCAUCGCCAAGUUCGUCUCGCCCAUGAUGAAGAGCCGCUUCCACAUCCUCGGCACCUUCUUCGCUGUGACUCUCCUCGCCGUAUUCUGUAAAAACUGGGACCAUAUUCUGUGUGCCAUCGAGAGGAUAAUAAUACCGAGGUGAAGCCACUGCUUCCUGCCUUCAUGUUCCCUUGAGUUUUUAGUUUAAAAGGAAACUGUGCAUAUCACCAAAUUCUUCAGUGGACCCAUUGUGUGGACGGGAGGGAUGGGGACUGGAGCUGUGUGGUGUAAAUAGCUGUGGUUCGGUUGACUCAGUCCUGUACCUGGCUAAUGGGAAGCUGGUGCAGAGCUGACCCUGCCUUGCUCACUGCCUUAAUCAGCCUGAUUUCCUGCCCCCCAUGAGCCCAGCACGGUGAACCCUUGUCUGCUGAGCACUUGGCACAGCUCGAGACCCAGAAGAAAAUGGGCCUCCCCUACCCAAGUCCCUUAAACUUCUGUCCCACUCGAGCUUCACGGUCGCCGUUGUCGGUGUUUUCCCUGAGUCCUUUAAACCGCGAGGUUGUGAUGCGAUUCGGCAGUGAGAAAGCACAGACCUCGGCAGCGCUGAGCACUGUGGCCUACGGAAGUGUGUGCAUCUCUGUGUCCACCCUGCUGUUCGCAGGUUUCAGCCUCGUUCUGUCCACAGUGUUCCGCCUGGUGAGUUGUGUGUGACCGCCUCACACGGAAAUCUCACAGUGUACCCGUUACCUAGCCAGUCUUUAAGUGUAAGGCACUAGGACUUAGGAGGGGGCUCCCCCUUCUCAUGCCCAGGGAGCCACGCCCCUGAUUUCAUCCUUCUGGUCGCAAUGCCCCGCCUCCAGUACAUACCUCCCCCAGCUGUGGCUUUGUUAAUCGGGGUCCUGUGAGCACUAACUACUCCGAGGUUUGUGGAGGUUGUUUGUUUUGUUUUGUUUUGUUGGUACCGGGGAUGGAACUCGGGUCCUUGCGCUUGUGCAGCAGGCAGCGAAACCACUGAGCUAAAUCCGCGGCCCCAAGGUUUGUGUUUUGACAAACCUUGAUUGUGAUAAAAAAAACCCUUUGCAGAUGUGAUUCACUUUAUGUAUUUCACUGUGAGGAUCUGGGAAAUGAAAAACAGUGCUGCUCGAGUUGCAGAGUUUUUUCCUCGAAGAAGAAUAACAGAAUUGUAGUUUCUAAUAAAGCUGAUGUGCACCGAGGUGGGAACGCUGCAGGAAGAUGGGGCUUUUGGCUGCUUGGGGUGGAUGAGCUUAGCGGGAACAUUCACCCGGGCGGAGGUGAAGAGGCUCCUCUUAGUGAUGAGAAAGGCCAGCCAGGACGGGAUGAACUAGGUCCGAGGUUGGCCCCAGAAGUGCCAGCUGUCCCUUUGGAUUGCUUGGGGACAGGUCCCCGGGGCGAUGGCCGAGCGCGCUGCCACUGGGGGAAGCAUCGGAGCGUUCGGGCCUGUGGCCUGUCCGCAGCCCGGCUUCUCUGUGCUCAUAACGAGGAGGAGGACAUCUUGGAAGCUGCUGAUCGGGCCUCCCCUCCUGUGGUCUCCACCAUUCACCAAAGGUGUAGAGACGCGAGUUCCUGUCCAUUUUCUUCUUCCAGGAGACGUCAGGGCUCCUGGAUUUAAAUUAAGUGCAAUAUUUUGCAAGCAGCUUUCUUAGGGCAAUGCCCUGGGGACACUGGGGACGUGAAAUAUGAACAUUGUGUGCCAUGCUGUGAGAGAAUGGAAGAGUUGGGCGUUUAGUACAACCCCAGCGUGUAUGCGUGUGAUUCAUACAACUCAAACUUUUCUUUUUAAAUGUACAAUUCAGUGGUUGUAGUAAAUUCACAAACCAUUCAAACAUCACCCCUAUCUAAUUCCAGACUUCAGCUUUUUAAAAUAAUAAACAUCAUUUCAUGAAAUCUGUGGUUAGAAAGUAUUUUGGAACCAGGAGAACCCCGCCCCCCCCCCGCAGUCACGCAGCCGUGUCCCUGCCCAGGAGACUCCUGUGGCCUCCAGAGUUGACUACACACUGUGACCCAGCAAACCCAGGGCCAGUUAGGGCUCCAGAUCAAAGGAGGGAGGGAGGGAAGAAGAACUGUGUGCUGCUUUUGUGCCAGAUUUUCAAGUCCACCGUGCCCCUGACCUGUGGGCAUUCGAUUCCAUCACUUAGACGCUGGUCUGCAGGGGUCCCACCAAGUGACCCCAGCCUGUGCCUGGGAUAGGUGUAGGUGCUGCUGCGGGUGUGGGGAGGAUGGCUGAGAUUUCCAGCCCUUGAGGUGCAGUGCUCCGUUAAGGACGUAGGAAGUCACCCCGCUCCUUUGGGCCUACCAACCCUGCUCUGGCUGAUACUUCUCAGGCCCACGAUCAGUCAGUCUGUCUUCUCCAGAGAACAUCGGGAGAAAGGGAAGCAGCGUCCUCCACCUGCUGCGCUUGGAGCUCUUUGCAGAACCUGCUAGAAACCACUUCCCUCUGAAAAUCCCGAAUCCCUGCGGGUCUCAGCCCUAACCAUCCCGCUGGAUCUGGAUCGUGAAUUCCUGUCUGUUGACUCUUUAGCUGGGGAUAACCUUGUUUUCAUUUGGAUAUGCACGACCUACAUGGCAUAUUUACUUUAGUGUCUUGUGGAAAGUUCCUGAAGCUUUUUACUUUUUAAGAAGAUUAUAUACUUCAAGGAGACUUAUUCUGCAGUUUAUUAUUCUCUUCUUAGGGACUCUACCUCCUACUGCUUGUUCUCUUCAAUGCAGAAGGCAAAAUUAAAUUUUUAUAAACAUACAAUUAAAACUAGUGAUACAGCUGUGACAUAUCCUGGAAAUGAAUAUUUAAUUUACAUCUAAGCAACUCAUCUCUUUUUCCCCACCUUUCAUUGGUUAAAAAAACAAAACCAAAACCAAAAACAAAAAACAUCUCACGCUUGGCUAAAGAUGAAAACCAGUUGGAUGGAUACGCCCCUGGUCAGCCUGUGAACAUUAUUGAAUGAUUAAGAUUCUGGCACUGGAUUUUCUGGUGAUGUUAUUAUCAUGAUCGCUAGGAAAAUGACAAUUUGUUGAGGAUUAAAAAAAAAUUUAAAACACUCCUUUGUGGGUUUUGUUCACCUCAUAUUUUGAGUAUGAUUACACCAGAACCGACCCCCCACCCCAAGAAACAAAAGCAAAACCGAUCUCACAGUGAAGCGGCAGCUCGCUGCACUCCACACUGGUUUGGGGCAGAGGACACGGAGCCUUCCCAGCUUUCUGGCCUGCAGAGUCAGUGCUUUGCCUGCCUGACCCCUGUGGCCUGCUGGUGGGCUAAGAUCUCCUGGACCUUUUGUCCUUUCACUUGCAGCCAGUGCUGUGCUGCCCUCUGUCAAUCCGCAGUCCAGCAUUCAAGCCUUUCCAGCGCUGUCACUGUUCUUUCCUUUAAAUGUUGCCCUUGUCUGUGUAUUUAUGCCCCCACCUCUGUAGCAUAUCAGGCCUAAUUAUAGGUUCAGUAACUGGGAGGGAACAGUCUCCCUCAGGCAACUAAUUACUUUUGCCCUUUUUGGUUGAGUUCUAAACACCAAAUUAUUUUGCACUGAAUGGGAGCAUUUUCGUAUUAAAUCCAGAUAGAGUUGUAUUGGUUGGGGAAAACACUGAAAUAUACUUAUUAAUAAGGACUUGUGUGAUUAAAUGGCCUAUUUUGCAUAUUUCUUUAAUUUAGAGGCAUUACUUAGAAUUAAAGGUUUAUCUAGAGAGAGCUAUUUCAAGAAGGUUACACAUGACUAAGGAGAGAAUGGGUCUAAAAAGAUAAAUCACUGAGAAAGAUGAGAUUGCCCUAUUUACCUCAAGAGUAGGUUGAAAAAAGGUAACAACAAAAAGUAUAGUUAGUAGGAGUUUAGUAACCUAUAAGAUAAAAAGCAGAACUGACCUACCAUCUUCUGAAGUCAAUGCAGUUCUCUGGAUAUAAGAAACAAAGCCAAGAGUGGUGGUGCAUGCCUAUAAUCCUAGCACUUGGGAGCCUGAGGCAGGAGGAUCUCUGAGUUCAAAGCCAACCUGGGCUACAUUGUUCAGGGCCAGCCUGAACUACAAAGUGAGACCCUGUCUCCAAAAAAAAAAAAAAAAAAAAAAAAGCACGAAAGUCAUGUACCUUGAUUGUUUUAGGAAUGAUUUCUGCUUUGCAGUUUUAAUUUAUUUAAAGCAUGUCUGCUGUGUUUGUCCUAAGAGAAACCUUUCAACAAAACGCGCUAUGUGUCAAAGAUACAUUUAGGCAAUAGCAGCUCUCAAAGUAGGAGCUGGAGUGUUGGUUGUGACAUCUGCUGCAGAAUUUCUAUUUUGUAAGAUACUGCCUAGUUUCAUGUCAGCCUAAAAUUGUAAUUCCUCCAUAGAGCUUGACCAUGUGGUGGUGUCAUCAAUGAAUUCAAAGCAGGUGCCAUUAUUUUUUUAAAUAAACACUUGACAUUAGCUUUGGUGUUAAAUAAAGAGUUAAAUUUCUUAAAUUUUCA